CUACGGGAGCCUGACGUUGGCCAGCUGGAGCGUAACAGAAGCUACAGAGGCCGCCAUGGCUUCCGACUCGCGUCCGGCGUCUGAUGUCUCCGGGAGCCGCUUCCUCGUCGUAGGAGGCGGGAUCGCCGGAGUGACGUGCGCCGAACGGCUGGCUGCAGAGUUUCCCUCUGGAGAUAUUUUUUUAAUUACUGCUUCUCCUGUUAUAAAAGCAGUGGUGAACUUCAAACAGGUUUCCCGAACUUUAGAAGAGUUUGAUGUCGAGGAACAAGCAAGCAGCAUCUUAGGAAAACGCUACCCCAAUAUUAAAGUUAUACAGUCUGCGGUGAGGCAACUGAAAAGCAAAGAUCAUAGGAUCGUCACAGAAGCUGGUCAGGAGUAUACCUUUGAAAAACUCUGCUUGUGUGCUGGAGCAAAACCAAAACUGAUUGCUGAAGGAAAUCCUUAUGUCCUGGGGAUCCGAGAUACAGAUAGUGCAGUGGAAUUCCAGAAACACCUAGCAAAAGCUAAAAGAAUAACCAUUGUAGGAAACGGUGGCAUUGCGCUGGAAUUGGUGUACAAAAUUGAAGGUUGUGAAGUCAUUUGGGCCAUCAAAGACCGAGCAAUUGGGAAUACUUUUUUUGAUGCAGGAGCGGCUGAGUUUUUGAUCCCAAAGCUCACCGCUGAAAAACCAGAGCCCCCAGCCGCUUGUAAAAGAACAAAAUAUACCUCAUCAGAAAAAGAAGAACAAACUUCAGAGCCUCCUGGGAAAAUAGGAAGUGCAUUGGGCCCUGAUUGGCAUGAGGGCUUGCAUCUAAAGGGCACAAAAGAGCUUUGCCACCAAGUUCAUAUUGAGAAUCUUUGUGAAAUAAAGAGGAUCUAUUCCCAAGAAGAAUUCAAGCUGUCGCAAAAAGUAUCCCUGGUUUUCCCCAAAACUCUAGAAGGCCCAAGGAGUGAAGAAGCAGGUGAAGAACUUUGGCCUGUCUAUGUGGAACUCACCAAUGGGAAGAUUUAUGGCUGUGACUUCAUUGUUAGCGCAACUGGAGUGACGCCAAACGUUCAGCCAUUCCUUGAUGGUAAUAAUUUCGCGCUAGGUGAAGAUGGAGGUCUGAAAGUUGACAGAUACAUGCGCACUUCUCUCCCGAACAUCUACGCAGCAGGAGAUAUCUGCACAACCUCAUGGGAACCCAGCCCUGUUUGGCAGCAGAUGAGGCUUUGGACCCAGGCGCGCCAGAUGGGAUGGUACACUGCAAAAUGUAUGGCGGCCGAUUCUUUAGGAGAACCGCUAGAUACGGAUUUCAGCUUUGAACUCUUUGCUCACUCUACCAAGUUUUUCAAUUACAAGGUGGUACUGCUGGGAAAAUAUAAUGCUCAAGGCCUGGGCUUGGACCAUGAACUGAUGUUGAGGUGUACCAAAGGACAGGAAUACAUCAAAGUGGUGAUGCAGAAUGGGCGAAUGCUGGGAGCAGUGCUGAUAGGAGAAACGGAUUUGGAAGAAACCUUUGAAAACUUGAUUCUGAAUCAGAUGGAUCUCUCCCGUUAUGGCGAAGACCUUUUGGAUCCAAAUAUUGAUAUUGAGGAUUAUUUUGAUUAAACAUCUGGAGGAAAAAAAUCA